AUGCCUCUUAUUAUAGUCACUGGUUUCCCGUCAAGUGGUAAAACAACUAGAGUUAAUGAGAUAAAGGAAUAUUUACAAAAGAAGAUUCAAGAAGAAAAAAAGCAGUUGCGAGUUCACGUCAUUGACGAUGGGAGCCUCCACGUUACAAAGGACGCAUAUAAAGGAUAUCGAUACCAAAUGUAUUGUGUGGCGAGGGCCAUCGGUACACCGUCUUGCUGUGUACAUAUGGGUACACCGGUGGAAGUAGCGAAAGACUGGAACACCAGUCGAGGAGAGGAAGGAUAUGAUGGACAAAUUUUUGAUGAAUUAGUGUCACGUUACGAAGAGCCAGACGAACGUAAUAAAUGGGAAUCACCACUAUUCACAAUUAUCUAUGACGAUAAAGAACUACCCUUGGACAAAAUAUGGGAUGCACUUAUCAAUAAACAAGCUAAACCGCCCAACAAAUCCACCGUUUCAAAGCCUGUGUCUGCCACCAAUUACGUUUAUGAGUUAGAUAAAGCAACCUUAGAAAUCAUCAAUGCAUUUGUUGAGAGACAAAAGGAAUUAGGGCCCGGAGGUAUGCCAAUGACAGUGCCUAGAUCAGAGACGAAAGUCGUUAAUCCACCUCGUACUGUCACUCUAUCCGAAUUAAGAAGAUUACGUAAACAGUUUAUAAACUUUAACAAGUUGAAUACAACUAUUGACGUGGAUCGUUUAGGUGAUGUCUUUGUUACCUUUUUAAAUUCGAGUCUAGAGUAA